CAAAAAUAAAAAAUCCAAUUUUCCUUUCAGAUUUUUGUUGGAGAAAAGAUUCUGCCAUGGAAUCUGUCACUCGAAUUGGCCAAGUCAUUGGUUGCAACCGUUACAAGAUUCUACUGCUGCUGUCGUUAUUCAAUGCAGUAGUUCUGGGUAUAGCCGGCGCCGUGAAAACUCCAACCUUGAUCAAUCCGGAGAGCAUAACUAAAACCAUCAAGAGUGACGAGGACGGUGAAGUUGUGGAUUGCGUGGAUAUUUACAAGCAGCCAGCAUUUAGCCAUCCGCUCCUUGCAAAUCACACUAUACAGAUGAAACCCGGCUCCUAUCCCGCUAGAGUCGAGGAAACAAGAAGUUCGUCGAAUUCAAGUAAUUUCUCGGAGUUGUUGAUCCAAAAUUGGCACAAAAACGGAAAAUAUUGUCCGGAGGGAACAAUUCCAAUUGCAAGAUCUAAGGUGAACCCCAAGGAUAGAAAGGCACAUCCUAAGGCCUUUUCGCUUGACGACUAUGUCAUUGUCGAUGCGCUGGGUCAUGAGCAUGCUCAAGUAACUUUGGAGGGAGGGAAUUACCAUGGAGCUACUGGGAAAUUCAAUGUGUGGAACCCAGUAACUUUUCAUCCAGAGUUCAGCCUUGCUCAGAUGUGGGUUAUUGCUGGUGAUGGUGCAGACCUGAAUACCAUCGAGGCAGGUUGGAUGGUGAACUCGGUUACAAAUAACUUCAACACGAGUCUCUUCACAUUUUGGACCAGCGAUGGUUACAGGUCGACGGGAUGCUACAAUUUGGAUUGCCCUGGGUUUGUGCAAACAAGCAACAAAAUUGCUCUUGGAAUGCACUUAAACAUGAUUUCACAGUAUAAUGGACAGCAAUUCGAGACCAAGAUAACUGUCCACAAGGACCCGACCAGCGGGAACUGGUGGCUACAGAUACAAGGGGAAGACGUCGGAUACUGGCCGUCGGCGCUGUUCAAGGCACUUUCGUCAACUGCGACGGCGAUCAACUGGGGUGGAGAGAUUACCAACACGAACCCAGAUGGCCGUCACACGCCGACUCAAAUGGGGAGCGGCCAUUUCGCCAGCGAAGGUUGGAAAAAAGCAGCUUUUGUUAGGAACUUGGGAUACGUAGACGAGAGUUGCACAAUAAGAGAUCCCGAUCACGACCUGAUCCCGCUCACUACAAGAGCUGAGUGUUACAGUGUACAUCUUGGGAACUUUGAUCAGACUUAUGGGGCUCAUUUCUACUAUGGUGGACCAGGGUUGUCACUUUCUUGUCAUUGAUUGAACUUUAACGAAAGAGACGAUUUUUUUUUUUUGCAAUGAAUAAGAAUAUUGUCC